UGGCUCCUGACUCCUGGGGCGGAACAGAUUGGACACUGGAAGCCAAUCCGAGGCUAGGGCUACAAAGGGGCGUGGCUACCAGUGUCUCGCCGGCCGCGCUGCUGUCACCGCCGCUUCUGCUUCUGGUUAGGAAGAUGACUGUGGGGAAAUCUGCCGGGGCGCCCGAAUGCGCCAAGUGGAGCCGUGAGAUAUUUCCCCCCAAAUCCUCUUCAGACACUGAGCCAGAAGAUGAGCUGUCUGGAGAAGGGCUGGUUUUGCCCAGAGCUGGAAAACUCCACGAGUUCCUCAGCCCAGAGGAGGAAACAGAUUCUGCUUCUGACUCCACUGGGAGCUUUUCUAGGACCUUACAGACUGGAAAGCAGAAAGGCCGGUGGAGUCGGCUAGAGUCUCUGUGUCAGUCUGACCCAGACAGUGGUCAGGACGGCUCUGAGGAUGAAGAAGACUUAGAGACUUUCUUCCAAGACAAGAGCAGGGGGAAGCCACAGGUCCAGGACCCUCCAUCUCUUCGGUGUGGCUCCAUGAGGCGCUGCAGCUCCAUGACCAGCCUUCCCUGUGACUUUGCCAAGACACAGAACCUGCCAGCCUCAGACUCUGGGCCUCCCUCCCAGCACAGAAGUGUCUGCUCCUGGGCAUCCUCCAUCACUGUCCCUCAGCCCUUCCGCAUGACGCUGCGGGAGGCCCAGAAGAAGGCCCGGUGGCUGGCCUCACCUGCCUCCUUUGAGCAGGAGAGGCUGCAGGCCCAGAAACAGGGGCAAGAGGAGUCCGAGUGCUUUCGGCAGUUCCGGGCCCAGCCUGUGCCGGCGCAUGUCUACCUCCCACUCUACCAGGAGAUCGUGGAGCGCAGCGAGGCACGGAGGCGUGCAGGGAUCCAGAAGAGGAAGGAGCUGCUUCUCUCCUCCUUAAAGCCCUUCAGCUUCCAUGAAAGGAAAGAGCAGAAAAGGGAAGCUGCUCCACAGACAGACUCGGCUGCAGUGGCUCAGGCCAAGGUCCCCCCAAAGAAGGCCACUAGAAGGAUCCCCAAGGCCAUUCUAGAACCAGCCCUUGGGGACAAACUCCAGGAAGCAGAGCUCCUCAGGAAAAUUCGAAUCCAGAUGCGAGCCAUGGACAUGCUCAAGAUGGCUUCGUCCCCCAUCAGCACAUCCAGCAGCCAGACUCCCCGCACAGCUACCCGCACCCAGGAGGAAAAGCUGAGCUUUCUACAGACAGAAUUCGGAUUCCAGCCUCGGGUGAACCCUGUGGUCCCUGACUACGAGGGCCUUUACAAGGCUUUCCAGAAAAGAGCUGCCAAGAGAAGGGAGACCCGGGAGACAACACGAAACAAGCCCUUCCUGCUACGGACGGCCAGCCUGUGCCACACUCCACGGCCCUGUGAUGUCGCUACUGCUGAAGGCGGGAAAAAGAGAACCCAGAAGUCCCCUCAGCCAGCCGCUGCCCCCUUGCCAAGGAGUCAUUCUCUGAGUGGUCUUGCUUCCUUUUCUGCCAACACCCUCCCUGUGCACAUCACAGAUGCUACCAGGAAGAGGGAGUCUGCAGUCAGAAUGUCACUUGAAAAAAAGGACAAAUCAGACAAGAGCAUUCAGUGGCUGGAGAUGCACAAAAAGAACUGUCAAGCCAUGUCUAAAUCAGUGACCCUGCGGGCUAAAGCCAUGGAUCCCCAUAAAAGCCUGGAAGAGGUGUUCAAAGCGAAGCUGAAAGAAAACCGGAACAAUGACCGUAAAAGAACAAAGGAAUAUAAGAAAGAAUUGGAAGAAAUGAAGAGAAGAAUACAAACAAGGCCCUAUCUCUUCGAACAAGUUACCAAGGCCCUCGCCAGGAAAGAAGCAGAAGAGCGGUAUCGGGACACCCUGAGGCAGGCUGGCCUGGAGGAAGAGUUUGUGAGAACCAAGAGUCAAGGCACACAGGCUGUGCAAGGCAAGAAGAAAGCCAAAGCCAAGGAUUCUCCUAGCAUCCAUGAUACUAUAAAACUCAGCAUCCAAGAUUCAUGGCAGGCUUUAGAUGACUCUGGACCAGCCUGCUGACCCAUGGAGGAACUGAAGAGCAAUGGCUUUGUUGAAGCAGUCCGUUCAUCAUUACCACAUCUGAUCAUCAAGCAGCCAACUAGGUGAGGAGCUUGAGUUUAGAGCCAUGGCUACUGUUAGGGAAUGGGAGAAAAUAACAACAGAAAUGGCUUGAAGAGAUGGAAGUAGAGUCGAAAGUGGAGGGGUCCAAGGUUCUUGCUUUGCGCUUGACACUAAGGAGUGGGCACAGAAAACAAGGUAGAAACCCACAUUUAUGGAGUAGGUACAAGAGGAAUGCAGGUAGAAAAACCGGUAGCAAUAAGGAACUAGAGGUCCAGGGCCGCCAGACCAUACACAUUCUCAUCAGCAGCCAGAAACCUGGUGUCCUGGCAACCAAACCUUUAGGAAUACUGUGCGUGUAAUAAAACGUAGGUCUCAGUCUACAUUUGCAACCUGACGCACAGGCCCUAACACUAGCAUCUGAUACACAGGAACAGGUCAGUUGUUGUUGUUUGUAGGAUGUCUUUGCACCCCUUGCCUCUACCUACUGUAUGCCCUGUAGCACCCAUUGCCAAAUGGCUUCUAGAGGGCAAAAAAGUCCUGGAUUGAAUAUCACUGCUGUAGAAAGCAAAGAAAGACUGAUAAUUUUGGAAAAACAAGUAAUUGCUAUGAACUUAGUCUCCAUACUAAAGGAUAAUUAUGCAUGCCAAUAACAAACUCAGAACAGCACUUCCGUUCUGCCAUUCUUGAGAACACAGCACUAUGUGAAUGUUUGUAACAGCAUAAAAUUCAUUUUACAUAAAACUUCUGAACACUGUGAUUUUGUACUAAUAAGUAAUCUUCGGGAUGUUUUUGUCAAUUAGCUGUGCUGUAGGCAGAUAAGAGGCUAAUAGAAGCCCAUUUCUCAUGUUUAACCAUUUCUGGGAAAAUUACCAUUUAUUACUGCCAUUUUCCAAGACUUAGACGUCAUAUUUUAGACUGAUACUCUGACAAUAGCAAUUUAGGUUUGCCAGUUCUGUUUGCUUGGUUUUUUUUUUUUUUAAGUUGAGGUAUCUCCCAUUGUCCUGGAACUCUCUAUGUUCCAGGCUGGCCUUGAACUCAAGAGAUCCAGCUGCCUCUGCCUCCUGUGUGCUAACAUUAAAGGGGUGCACCACCACCACCAGCUUAGGUUUGCCAGUUCUAAACAGUGGUGUCAGGUUUUCUUUUUCAAGAUAGGGUUUCUUUGCAUAGACCAGGCUGGCCUCAAACUCAAGAUCUAAUGUCUCUGCCUGCCCAGUGCUGGGAUUAAAGGCGUGCACCACCACCACCACC